CGAAGCAGCGCAGCCGAGGUUGGCGAGCUGUUUUGGGAGAAGAAAAGCGCUGUGAGCCGCUGUGGUGGCGGAAGAGAAGGACCGGACGGAGAAAACACCAAAUCUAUCGUUUUGUGGGGACCAGAGACACGUUUAAGACCCUUUUUAGUUUCUUUAAAUACAGUUUGAAGCAUGUCGACCCCGGCCAGACGACGACUUAUGCGGGAUUUUAAAAGACUUCAAGAAGAUCCCCCGACUGGGGUGAGCGGGGCGCCGUCAGAGAACAACAUAAUGCUGUGGAACGCAGUUAUUUUUGGACCUGUGGGGACACCAUUUGAAGAUGGAACAUUUAAGUUGCUGAUAGAGUUUUCGGAGGAGUAUCCAAACAAACCCCCCACGGUGCGGUUUGUGUCCCGAAUGUUUCACCCAAAUGUUUACGCAGAUGGCAGUAUAUGUUUAGACAUCCUUCAGAAUCGUUGGAGUCCCACGUACGACGUCUCCUCCAUCCUCACCUCCAUCCAGUCUCUUCUGGACGAGCCGAACCCCAACAGCCCGGCCAACAGCCAGGCGGCGCAGCUCUACCAGGAGAACAAGCGCGAGUAUGAGAAGAGGGUGACCGCCAUCGUGGAGCAGAGCUGGGUGGACGUGUAGACACAAACUCCAGCCUCUUCCACUUCCUCCUCCUCCCAUCGCUCAUGUUUACCUCGACAAACACACAAACAAUUAUCACCCCCCUGCCACCACACGUAUGAGACCACACUGCAGAAGGAAGAGCUCCACGAGGCACAAAUGCAAUCUUGAUUUGAAGAGUUUUUACCAUUUUGGGUUUAUUUACUUUUUUGGACAUUUUUAUACAUUUCAGCUACUGGGUUCAGUUAAUUCUUAAAGUGAAAGUUCCGCUGCGUAACUUUUGUGGUGGGGGGUUGUCUCCCUGGAGAUGUUAUUGUUGUUAUUGAUUCUAUAAUGUGAUGAUGUCAUACUCAUGACAGAGGGCAAGAGCCAGUUUCCCCAAUGACGCUUUCAGAUGACACCACAACAUUCGACAGGCCACAUUUAUGUUGUAAUACACGGAGUUCAUGGGUUUAGUCCAUGGAUCAGACCUGGACAUUGUCCAGCUCAAGGGCCACAUACAGACCGACCCAUUUAAGCUCAUUUAGAAUUACAAAAUAAACAUAUUUUAUCAUUUUACCUCAUGCAUGGACUAAUGCUGCAUUGAGAUUUUAGAGUUGUUUUUAAUUACAUUUUUUUUUUUUUUUUUGUAAGGCAACCUCACUUUUUCUUCCCAGUCUGAGCGGCUCGUCAGAACAAUGCUUUUUAUAAAGAAAUACAAUUGAUAUUUCACAGAAUUAGUUAAGCAUUUUGGCACUCCACAAUAUUUUUUGUUUCUCAUGUGGCCCCAUGGAAAAAAAGAAUUGCCCACCUCUGCCAUAGACUUGAUAAAGAAGUGGACUAAGGGAGAGUGACGUCACCCACAGUGUUCGGCUCUAGUCAAAUAGCAAAAUAAAAACACUAGGAUCAUGUAGAGCAGGUUAAUACAAACAUUUGAAGAUCAUGUUUGGAUUGACCACGAUUCAUGAGAACCAAACUGUAAGUGAUCGGGUUCUUCAGAAAGUUCAGUCUGUCGCUCACUCGGAGCCUUACAGACGGUGACCAGUAGGAGGUGUGUCUGUGUAGAGCUGCUUUGAAACAGAAUCAAGACACGAUUUCACUUAAACAGUAGAGUGUUUCUGGAAAGAGCUCACCAUUCAAGUUUCAUCCCUGUAUUGCCCAGCCCCAGUUUGAUCAAUAAUAUUCAUUUUAGCUGCUCCCAUUUGUAUCCAAAAAAACUGACUGGCUGUAGAAAGUAGUGAUGUCAUCUGAAACACAACUGCUUUGUCUGAAAUGUUCCACCGUAUGGCAUUCCUCAUCUAUCCAACUCAUCUAUGUUCGUGAAGAAAAGCAGGUGAUGCCGCCGGGCCAAGUCACGGGUCAGGUCUGCGCAGAGGCGACCGCCCACACACUGUAAUAAUGCUUUUUUUCAGAUAUUUUUGAUGUGUAAUGAAACGAGCACUUAGAUGGAUAUGUUUAAUGUCAUACUCUGGGACAUUUUAGGCAAAGUAAUAACAGCUCCAUGGAGAUGAAAAAAUGACUUGUCGCCAGGAAUGUUCCGCAGUGCAUCUUUUUAAAGCUAAAUGAUCUUGUUUGUCUUGUAAGAUUUUAUUGAGUUAUUUAGUUGGCUAAUCAUGUGGAAUUUGUAUACUGAGUGGAAAAUAUAUUAAAAAAAAUGUAUUUAAACCAAACAAACUAUGAUUCUAAAUGAGGUUGCCAUAAGUAUCGAAAAUCUGCUACUAAUCAAUACUAAAACUAAUACUGAAACAAGAUCCAGUACUCAUUUGAGCAGGACAGAGCAGAACCUUUCCUGACGCUUUAGAAUGAUGUUGAGCUGGAUCAGAAGUAGAAAAUCACAUAGACUAGUAUACACACAUGGACCACUGUGGUUUACACACAGAUAAGACACAUGGGAAUAGAAAAGAAAAGUACUUCCAUUUCAGAAUGGGUAUUGAGUCUAUCCCUUUGCUUUGAAAUUGAGUUUGAAAUGUUAACUCUAAAUCUACACUCUUCAAAACUACUCAAAUCAAGAUUACAGUGUUGAAUUCAAGUCAUAUUCACAUAUGUAGGUCUUUUUCCUUUUACAGUGCAAAUGUAAGUGCCACUGAACGCACCAUGAGUCCAGACCUGCAUAGAGGGAGAGGAGGAGCCCAAACAUUAUGUGGAUGGUCUUUGUCCGUUGGAUCACUUUUUUAUUGCAUGAUGUGAAUAAGUUAUUGCUAACAGAAUUUGUAAUAUAUCUUUUAAGUUGUUUGGUUGGACUGAGUUUUACAAAUUAUAGUUUCAUGUUUUGUUUUGGCUUUUCUUUUUCUUUUUAUGGUGUGGAAGCUCCUGGGGCUGUUUGAAAUGCAAAAUAGGUCCAUAAAAGACUAGGAAUUUGCUCCUGUCUCUUUUGAGCUAUCAUUAUAUAACAAAGACAAAUGCUGAAUGAAAAAGUUUGCAUAGCCUUAAAAAGUCUAAACCAGGACUAAACCAGAACCAAAAUGGGUCUAAACUAGGACGAAAUGUAGACGAACCCAGGAUUUAAAGCAAGUAUGACUGCUUAACUGGACUACUCAUUUACUAAAACGGUUAAGAUCAUUACAAUUAAGAUAUUCCUAAAUAGUCUUAAAAAUGUACUUUGUAAUAUGAAAUCAUGAUGACAUGCUAGUAAAAUUCACGUAAACUUCUAUAUAUUGUCUACAGAAGUCACGAAAUGUGGUUUAUGUUGGAGCUAAACCUUAACCAAAAAUAAUCUGAACUAGAACUAAACCAAGACGACCAAACUGUCAAUGUACAGGACUACACCAGGAUUACAUCAGGACCAAGCCAAAUAUACCAUCUACCAAACUGGUCUCCAAAACACGACCAGACAAGAACAAAACCUUAAAUGGUUUUACAUUUGAAUUAAACCGGGACUAAACCAAUGUCGUAUAAACUAGGCCUAAACCAGGUCUAAAUGAGUUAAGGUGGGUAUAACCUAGGACUAGGUGAGAUAAAAGUGUAAAAUGGGUCUAAACUUUGAGAUAAAACUGUGUCUUGUAGGAAUAAGAUGGGUCUAAAGGAAUUAACCAGGUCUGAAACUGGACUAAAUAAAGACCCAAAGAGGUCUAAACUGGACCUAAACCAUAAGUGAAGUAGGAAUAAGGCAGGUCUAUACUAGGACUAAACCAGGACUUAAUCUGAGAAUAUAAUUAUUGAUGUGCAAAUGACUAUACAUUAAUAAAUACAUCACAUCAGAGAAACAUCGACUAAAUGGAAUACAAACUUGGGCUAAACCAGUCUGGAACUGGACUAGACAAAGAAAAAAAAGGUUUUAACUAGGACUAAACCUGAUCUGAACAAAAUAGGAACAGGGCAGUGAGACUGAACCAGGACUAUACCAAGACCAAGCUCCUUGACUAAAUGUACUUAAACAGUGCAUACAAGAAACAGGAAAACUUGGAAAACUAAACUGGGUUUGAACCAGGUCCAAACCAGGUCUAAACCAGAACUUAACUAAGACUAUUGAUCAAGUACAAGCUAGACCAUUGUGGGUCUAAAUUUAACUAAACCAAAACCGAAAGUGUCUACAUUUUGUCUUAAGUAGGAUUAGGGCAGGUCUAAACUAGAAAUAAACCAAGUCUGAACCACACUUUAUCACUGACAAUAAACUGGAUUAGAUUGGGUCUAAAUUGAACUAAAUCAGAAUCAAAAAGCUCUUAGUUUAGGGCUGGUUUAGUUUGGACUCCAAGCUGUGCUCAGAGUACAACACACACCCAUUCUUUUCUGCGUCCUCCUCUGAAUGCUGCUAUGUUCUGUAGUCAUUUGUUGGUUUAUUUUUGGACACUGUAGGUUUAGUUUCUGGCGUCACAAACUGAAAAAGUGCCAAGUUUCUACUGUGAUGAUUCAUGAACGCACCACGCUGUGCUCUAAUGAUCUCGAAUUGAAAAUGCAAGAAGGCUGUGGACAAUAUACCCGCCAACACUGCCCGUGCCUGCCUACAGCGCCAGAGCUGGAGUCUGAAUGGACCCACAAGUCACAUAUCGUUUAACAUAGGAAAACAAGUUUAAAAAGUCAUUGUUUUGUCUUUUUUGAGGCAUAAUAUUAGAACAACGCCACAAACUGAAGUAUUCUACACAUAAAAAUUAUUGGGUCAUCAUUAUUUUUAUUAAUUUGUAUUUAUAGGUUGAUUUUUUUUUUUUUUUUUUCAAUUUUAAUUCAAGUGACUGUUAGCUUUGAGACAGUGAGCCGAAAUCAGAAACAGCGAUUUAUCAAAUACUGAAAAUGGUUAAUACUCUUAGCAGCACAUAGUGUGCUUCUCUAACAGCCCCAGUUGCCUUCACGCACGUUUCUGUCUUUUAUUUUGAAAAGCUACACAGAUUAAGCUACUAAAACUCGGACAUAUUAAUCAUGUCUUUAUUGUGCUCUUUUUACAAAGGAAUUCUCUUCAUAAAACCAUCAGAUAUUAUCCAAAACGACUCAUAUUUCCAGAGACAUGUCGUGGUUCGUGACACUUCACCAGACCCAAUAAGCAGAAGGGAUAUGUUAUAAACUUUUGUGAAUUAAAUGAUGUAUACUUAUAACAAUAUGCUGUAUAAAACAUAAUAAACACAUUUUUCAGACUUUGAA